AUGUCUUCUCAGCCACAAAAUAUUGUUAGUCCAUUCCCACAGCCUCCGGAAUAUGCAAAGCAAUACACGGAUGAAAAUAUCGCCAAAAAAGUCGUUCUUCCACCGCCUCCGGUACCAACUGAAUUUACCGUUUUCGGUGAGGAGUAUAAUUUUGAAGAGGAAAUGAUUCGUUCAUUGCGAACACAAGAGAUGCAGCAGUUAUUCUCGAGUAAUGGUGAUUGGCGUAGUGAAUUGAAGAAGUUGAAUCGUAGCACAGUAGCAGCAUUCCUAGAUCUUUUGGAUAUUUUGAUACGGUCGAACACGAUAUAUGCCAAUAUUUACUUGAGAGGUCAAUUUCAGGAUGUAAUCGAGCGUUUUCGGUUCCAUCUGAGUGCAGGACGUCAAGCGCUGAAUCAGUGUAUCGAUGAAAUUGUUUUACCGGACGAAGUUCCUGAACUGGAUGGCAGUGAUGGGGAAGAAGACGCCAAAAAGAAUCGACUGGAAAUGAUGGAUGGAAAUGGUGUGGAUGCGGCCGAACUGGAUAGAUGUGCUCGGCAUUCGAUGGCUGAAAGAAGGCGAGCAUUUCGCAAGGAUAUUGCACUGUGUCGUUUCUUUGAUGCCAAUAAGUUAUCGUCGUCUUCACCUCUUGGCCUGUCACCGAAUCCUGAUCAUCCAUCGACAGCAAUAGCAACGCAAUCCGGUGUGCUAUCAUCCCAACAACAACAGUUGAUCCAGUCAACGUCAGCACGUGCACCGCACCCACUCAGACGUGCAUUCAUGUGCACUGAGUGCCACAAAAGUUUUCGGUUACGUGAAGAAUUGUACGUUCAUGCUGAGAUGUGCUUCUUGGAAGCUUUCGAGAACGAAGCUGUUAGUGUGUUCUCGGACAUGCCUUCGUUGGAUAACCCUGCCACAUCUGUGGGGCCUAUACCGAGUGGUAUUACCGUUAAGGGUGAUCCGCAGCAACCUCCAAAGUUGGACGCAAUACGGAGUGCGCAUCUGGUGAUGUUGCCGUCACAGUCAACAACGAGUGCAGCGAAUAUUGAUUAUUGUUAUGAUGACAUCGAUGAUAUCGAUAAUGUGAAUGAUGAACAAAUUGAGUUCGGUGAAGAGCCGAUGAAUAAGUUGAGAAGAUUUGAUGUGGAUGCGUCGUGUUCCAUCGAAGACAUUCGUCAACCGAUCUCAUAUUCAACUGAAUCUGAAACACCAGCUGAAAUGCUGAAUGCAAGGACAAUCGAAGGAUCGGGUGGUUUGAAGUUGGUUGUAUCGGUCGAGAAAUGCGAUAGUGGGAGUGGUGGUAUGGGUAUGGGUGAUGAGAGUGAAGACUCUGCUGAUGAGCAGUACACUGAUUUCGAUGACGAUCAACAUCCACUACCCAUAGGUUCAAGAGGCACAGCGUUAAUGGGCAGUAACGGUGGAAUGACGUCGGGUGUUGGUAUUAUGAAUGGGAGUGGGAAAGUGAUCGGUGCACUCGCAAAUGCAGAGGACGACACGUUCCGACCGAAAAUGGAAUGUCCAACGUGUGGACUGGUCUUGUAUCGUCACAAUUUCAGCACACAUUAUCGCAUCCAUACAGGCGAAAUGCCAUUCUCGUGUCAUUUCUGCCUGAAACGUUUCAGAACUACAUCCGCACUCAAAGUGCACAUUAGGGCGCAUACUGGUGAGAAGCCGUAUUCAUGUCCGAAGUGUAGUUAUGCGUGUAUAACGAAACGUAAUUUGGAUCGACAUAUUAUCAAUAACCACGUGAGGGAAGGAGAACGACGUGGUCCUCGACAAAGGAAAUCGCGUUAUCGCAACGAGAGUGAUGAUGAGUAUUUUGGUAUUCAAGAUAUUGUCGAUGAAAUGGAAGUGGACAAUCCCGACCAUCAUUACGUUGUCAUUACUGAAAACGACGUUAGUUUAGAGGCAGCAGAAGAACCAAUUGAAACAAUGGAACCAAUCGAAACUGAACUCGAAGAAGUGAACUCAACUCAAGAGACAUCCACUGCUUGA